GUCUCCCAGAUGCCGACAGAAGCACGCACAGUGCCUCUGGACUUGGCACAGAAGUUAAUGCUCGGCCGUCUACAUCAGAGUGGCCUUUUUGAACAGCUCCUGUCUGCGGAGCUUGCACAAAGAUAUCUUUGUUGCGUUUCCCGCUCGCAUCUUGAGAUCAUGCCAUCGUCUCCCAAAGGGUCAUUCGAGGUAACCAAUCUCAGUGCCAACCCAAUUGCCAUCUCGGGGCCAAAGCUUGGGAAGGGCGAGAAGUCCACGCUCAGGCCUGGCACAUGUAUCGAUUUUAUCGGCACGCACUCAGACGGCUCUGGGCAAACAGUUGUCUACCUAAAGCUGAAACUUCAGUCCCGGGACCAGCCGAGGUCCCAGCGCGAGUAUUCGGGUGGUGAUGCCCGAAGCCCGGAGAAGCCUCCGACAGAGCCUCUCUUGGAGGCUCUCGGAGGUGCUGAGGGGAGGAGAGCACCCGUCGCCGAAAGCAGUCGCAAAGCUUCUGCACCAUUCUGGCUGGAAUUGGGUGGCUCGGCCGUCCGACAGACCUUUCCCGACAACCUGCGCAUUUUGGAGGGAUCUUCCGAUGGCCUGCUCGUCGGGCGGGCGCAUCAGCAAUCUCUUCACCAGGAGGCGUUCCGAAAAGAAGUGCGCGAGUACUUGAGUCGUGAUCAUUUCCGCAUCGAUCGCGACAGGGCGGGGCAGUUCAACCUCGUCGCACUCAGUGCGAAUCCGAUUUGGCGCAUGCGACAACGACAGCUUCGCGAGCUGGAGCGAGGUGAUCCGCCGCUAUCUCUCCUCCACGGCGAUGAGAUUUUCCUCUUCACUGGGGCAUCGGACUGCACGCCGGAUGGCCCGGAGAACCUUGGCGUCUUGAAGUGGAGAUUCGUCCAAGCCGGCGACCGCGCUGCACACGAUCCAGUCGUGGAGAAUGACACCAUCCGAUCCAUGCGCAGGCCAAGCCAGCCAUCAGAGAGGGGGCGGCAACAGGGACAUCCGCUCGGAGGCUCCCUGUACGAAAAAGAGAAGAACCGCUACAUGUGCCUGCCGCAG